AUGCCCACGGUACUACGUUCAGAUGGUACCAAUAUCCUUGGUUUAGUAAUGUUCUCUGUUUCGAUGGGUAUUGCUAUUUCGGUCGUUGGCGAUGACGGUUUACCUUUGAAAGCAUUUUUCAAAUCAUUUGAAGCUGUUAGCAUGAAACUCAUUGCGCUUGUGAUAUGGUUCUCACCAGUUGGCGUUCUCUUCUUGAUCACUGCACAGAUUAUUGGGAUGGAAAACCCGGGACAUGAGUUGAAUCGUUUGCUGGGAUAUAUGAUUUGCGUAUUGGCCGGUUUAGCAAUACAUGCGUUUAUUGUGCUACCCACUUUGAUGAUAAUCUUUGCUCGUCGUAAUCCAAUCAAAUACGUCUAUGGAAUGUCACAAGCACUGUUAACAGCUUUAGCAACAAGUUCCAGUUCAGCAACUUUACCAUUAAGUAUCAAAUGUGUCGAGGAAAACAACGGCGUUGAUUCACGGGUAGCCAGAUUUGUGCUUCCAUUGGGAGCUACUAUAAAUAUGGAUGGAACGGCUUUAUAUGAAGCUGUAGCAGCAAUUUAUAUAUCACAAUGUGCAGACAAAAAUCUAACUGCUGGUCAGCUAAUACUUACAAGUCUUACAGCAACACUGGCUAGUGUUGGUGCUGCUGGAAUACCACAAGCAGGUAUUGUAACAAUGAUAAUGGUACUGAUCGCACUGGGUUUACCGUCCAAUAUGUUUAUUUUAAUAUAUCCAGUAGAUUUCUUUUUGGAUCGUAUUCGAACAACAGUGAAUGUACAUGGUGAUAGUAUCGGUGCAGCAAUUAUUGCAAAACUGUGUGAACGAUAUUUACCGAGAAAUGGUGGUGAUUUAACCGAAGAUGGUUACUGCACUUUAUCAUCAACUGCAUCACCGCAAGCCGUGAAACGUCACAGUAAUGAUGAGGGUCAACGACUUCUUGAAAGUCGUCGUCUCUAA